GAAUUCGUUAGUAGUCAAUUCGGACCAAAUCUAAAUUAAGCUCAAAAGAACAAUUAUUCUUAAUCAAAUUCCUUAAUUGAACAUGAUCUAGAAUUAACCAAUUUCCAUGACCAUACUAUAACAAGGGGCCCAAUCAACCAUCAUCGAUUUCUUCCACUUCACCAACCUAUCUGUCAAUCGUCAAGUGCAAAACAAGGCUGUUGGCUUGUCACUUCCACUUCAGAGAUCUGCUUCGAUCUUUCAUUGUUAUUUGAAAGCGAAAGACAGGGAGAUCUCUGAGCUACUUCCAGGUUCGUGGAUCAUACAAUUUACUUUGAAUUUUACUAUAUUAUAUACUGUACUUAAUUUAAGUUAAUUUAAGGAUUGUGUUUCAAAGUUAGCGUUUUGAGCUUAAUCGAUGAAAUUAAGGAUUACCCUUUGUUUGAUUGAUUAAAUAAACUCAUGGGUUAUGGUUUAAUUAUUGAAUUGUUUUAUGGGUUGUGUUUAAUUUUUAAUGAUUUGGUGGGGUUUUUGUGAAAAUUAAAUGACAAAUUGGGGAAUUAAGAUUAUGGUAUUGUGUUUAAUUUGGAAAUGGAACCUCAAACCCCAUCAAAAAGCAAAAAUUUGAUAUUGGGGUCUUUUGACUCUUUUCAAUCUCAUAGAAAAUUGAAAUUUUGCUUGAUUUUUCUAGCAAUUGUGUUAGUUUCAGUUGGUGUAAUUUAUGGGUAUGGAUUGUUUGGGGAGAUUAAGCCAUUUUUUACUGUGGUUGUGGAUUGUGGGAGUACUGGAACUAGAGUGAAUAUUUAUGAGUGGAGAAUUGAUGAUGGAAGAAAAGGGGGUUUGCCAAUUUUAUUGCACUCUUAUCCCCAUGAUUCAGCAAAGAAUCAUCUGUGGAGAAAUGGUUGUGAGUACCAUUGUAUGCAAACUGAGCCCGGGUUGGAUAAAUUUGUGGGUAAUUAUUCGGGGGUGAGGACUUCCUUGGUGCCGUUGCUGCGUUGGGCGGAGGGAUUGAUACCGUAUGAUAGACAUGGGGAUACACCGAUUUUUGUUUUAGCUACUGCUGGAUUGAGGAGGCUUGCGGUGGAAGAUGGCAAGAGGGUUUUGGAAGAUGUAGAGCGCGUUGUUAAGGAGCACACGUUUAAGUGGAGAAGAGAUUGGGUUAGGGUUUUAAGCGGAAGAGAGGAGGCGUAUUAUGGUUGGGUUGCUUUGAAUUACAAAUUGGGGUAUUUGAAUAGAUCAUUGAGUGAGUUGCCAACGUUAGGGCUUCUUGAUCUGGGAGGUUCUUCGUUGCAAGUAGUGUUGGAAGCAGAUGAGAGGAGAGAUGAUAGCCACCUCUUGGUAUCAAAGAUCGGUCGUGUUAAACAUCAGCUUAUGGCUUAUUCCUUGCCUGCUUUUGGUUUGAACAAAGCUUUUGACAGAACAGUUGCAAUGCUUGUUCAAGUUAAGUCAAAGGGAAAUGAUAAUGAAUCUGAUGUUAGACAUCCAUGUCUCAGCUCUAAAUUCUUAGGAAAUUAUACUUGCAGCAGUUGUUCUAAAUCAGAGUCAUUGCUACAUUUGGUCGGAGAUCCCAAUUGGGAGAAAUGCAAAAUGCUUGCUCAAGCUGCAGCAAUGAAUUCAAGUAUUUCAGAUUGGUCAGAGCCUAGAUUAAAUUCAAGCUGCCGGAGAAGGUCUCCACACGAGGGCAAGAAUAUCCUUAAUGUCGCCAUUAACACCAAAGCAGGUGUUCGGUACCAUGCUUUAUCUGGAUUCUUCGCUGUUUACAACAUGCUAAAUUUGACCGCAAAAGCCAAUUUGUCAAAAAUCUGGGAGACAGCGCACCAUCUAUGCUCAAGUACAUGGGAUGAUGAUAACAAAGUCUCAAUCAGUCGAUAUUGUUUUAAGGUGUUGUAUUUGGCAUCCCUGAUUGAGGAUGGUUUAUGUCUAGGAAAUGCAGAUGUAAUAUUUGGUCCUGGAGAUAUUUCUUGGACAUUAGGAGCUUCUUUAGUAGAAGGAGAACAUAUGUGGAGGACAACAGGUGGUUCAAGAACUCUGAUAACAACUCCGCAAUAUAUGGAUGUCAUAUCAUCGCCCAUCUUUCUCUUCGUUAUAUUGGUAGUCCUGGUAUUUAUUGUUUACCACAGUCAGAUUAAGCUGCCUAUGCCGUGAAAGAGAAGUGCUGUUGUUGGAGCAGCUUUGCCAUCUUACCCACACUCUAAGCAUCGGCCAUGACAGUUAUAGUGGUAGACUCAUGUUAUCAUACAUUGAUUUGUUUCAUUCUUUGUUGUAAUAUAGUAGUAUUUAGAGAAUUAGUACCAAGUACCAACUAUGCGAAGCUAUAUAACAUCAUUUUCUUUCACUCCACUGAAAA